AAACAUGGAUCCAAAUCAACCAUCAACUUCCGAUUUCUUAAUAGAGGAAGAAGAAGAGUACGGUAAUAUUUUAGAACAAGGUUCUGAUGUUCCUGAAGUAGAAGAAUACGAUUUUGAUGAUGAUGAUGAUACAAAUGGAAUUAUUGCUGGAAUUGAUACAAAACCUCAUCUUACUGGAUUACACAAUGGGUCCGGGAAUAGAAAAAGAGUAGAAGAGCCAGCUGAAGCCAUUGAUGAUGAAGAAUUAGUGAACGCUAUCAAUAGAUUCAUGAGAAAUGAAUAUGACUAUGAUCAAUUUAUGCGGGUUACUGGAGGACAAACUCUCAAGGAAGAGUUAGGAGCAAAGCAAAAAAGAUCGGCAAGAAACAAUGUGGUCGACGAAGUCGAAGAAAUUGAUACUGCAGAUGAUGAUGAAGAAGAGGACGAUGAAGAUGUAGAGUUAAUGGAAGACGUUGAAGAAGUGUCAACUUCUCAACAUGCUGGAAGUUCAUACUCUUUUCAGUCUGCAGGACCUUCUGAUCGCUACGACGCUCUUCCCGAAGAAGCUCGAUAUAUUAUGACACAGAUGAUGUCUGGUAAAGAUGAAGGACAGGUAAACCAUUCCGAUGAAAUGGAAGUUGAAUAUGAAGUAGAAACUGAAGAAAGAGAACCUCCUCCUCUGAAACAAGUAAAAAUAGAAGGCCAGAAAGCAGAUUCUACAAGUACAGAAACUCCAGCCACAAAUGCAGAACCUCGAGAUCGAGGAAAAUUGAAAAGAUUGGAUGCUAUGUUGGGUCAGGCAAACGUGUUAGCUGCUCGUGGAAAUAUCACCGAUGCCAUGGAAAUUCUUCGAGAAGUAAUUAAACAGGAUCAUAAACAUGCGAUUGCUUAUCAACAGAUAGCCACUGUAUAUGAACAGUUAGGAGAUCAUCAAAAAGCUCUUCAAUUUGGUUUACUGGCAUCGCAUCUAGAUCCGAAGACUCCACCAGAUGACUGGGUACAUUGGGGAGAUGAAGCUGAAAAAUUCGGAAUGAUUGAAGAAGCUGCCGUUUGUUACGAUAGAGCUAUUCAUCUCAAUAAUGAGAAUUGGAAGUUUUACGAAAAAAGAAUUGAAAUGCUUGAUCGGCUGAACCUACGACCUCUCGCAAUGCGUACUCGUCUACAAGCUGCUCAAUUGAUCAACAAUGAAAUUUUACAAGUGGAUUUUGAGUGGUUUCAUGAUUUGAUUCGCAAAGUCGCUCAGUACUACAUUACAAUGAAUGAUGAAGAGAAAGCAAUUCAAUCUCUCGAAGCAUUUGUUCUCCGGAGUAAAGAAUUCGAACGAGAUGCAGAACCACAACAUGAAACUCUCAUUGGAAUGUAUUUAGCAAAGAGCAAAUUCCGACAAGCUGGAAUGUCAAUUCUGGCAAUGUGCAAUGGUGUCAAAGCAAUUCGUUCUACAACAAAGGAUCCCGCAUGCCUUAUAACUUACACAAAUGGAACAUAUGAAUGUUUGCCUUUUCCACCUGUCGGAAGCGAUAUCGAUUAUGAUAUUGAUGUCAAUCUGUUUCCAGUCAGUAUGCACUGCCAUCUCGUCAUUUGUCUCUUCAGUUUGGAUGAAGUCGAACAGUCUUCCGUGUUGGAACAUAAAUUAUUGAAAAGAAAUUUCAAUGUAGAAGAAGAUGAAGGAUUUAUUCUAGAUGUGCCAAGGCUUUACAAGAACAGAGGACAUCCGAAACUUGCAAUGAACUUCCUGGAUCAAUUGACCAAAAAUCCUUGUUACAACAACGAAGCAUCUGGUGCUUACUGGUAUCUGAAAGGAAGUCUUGAAAUGAUGCAGAAGCAUGAUGAUCUAGCAAUGGAAGCAUUCAAUAAAGUUCUGAUACUACAACCGGAUCAUAUUGAUAAUCGUAUCCAUUUGUCAACUCUCCAGCAAAAAUCUGGGUUUUUCGAAAAAGCCCUCGAAACCUUGGAAAAUUAUGACCUGGAAAACUGCUCAUCGAUGCCAGAUGAACGUCUUCUUGCUCGUCGAGCAGACGUUUUAUUCGAAGCAGGAGAUUCUGAGCAGUUUGUAAGGAUCACGAGAAUGAUGCUGGCUCCCCACUUCUACAAAGUCUAUAUUUCUCCAGAUAUUUUGAAGAAACGACGGGUUACCAAAGGAAAAACGACUACACCUGCUCUCAGUAAUACUUUGAAAACUUGUGCUUUUGGAGUUGUUAAACAUACAAAUUGGGAACGCCUUGUCAAAAGGCUGGGAGCAACUGUAGAAGCCAAUGGGACUUUUCAAACAUCGCUUUCGGGAACAGAUAUACAUGACUACUGUUUGAAGUUAAUCGAAUGUUUAAAUAAAAUGGAGAAACAUCAAGACGCACUCAUUGUCUGUUGUUAUGCAUUUUUACAUCCAACUCUUUUCAAAGCCGACAAAAUCUCCACUUUCCAGAAUUUAGUAUAUUUUUGUGCAAUCAAAGCAAGAUGUUGGAAUUUGGCAUUUGAAUAUGUUAGAUUCUUUCACACUUUUUCUUUGGCAGUCAGCGAUCCUCAAAAUGGCUCAUUCUCUGACGUUCUCCAAAAACGCCUUUUCAAUGCAAUGAACUACGUAUUCGUCAACUCUCAGAAUGUCUGCUACCAUCGAUUUAUCAUGAGAGCACUCGUCAAAGCUAAAGAUAAUCAUGCUCUUCAAGCGAUUUCAGGCAAUAAUUCACUUAUCACGGGAACAUACCGACAUGCAAUGGGAGAGUAUCUUCGAGUAUGGGUAGCCAAUAAACGAAAUCCACUCAUCUGUAUGCUGCUUGCUCUCACUUUCACUCAUAUGUCUUGUAAGAAGGAUCUCUCAAGUAGACACCUCAUCGGAAUCCGAGGAAUUGCUUUUAUGAAGAAGUAUUCAAAAGCACGGGCUUGCCAACAAGAAGUCUUUUAUAACAUUGCCAGAAUGUUCCAUCAAAUGUCGAUUCUCCCUCUCGCCAAACAUUUUUAUGAUAAAGUAUUGGAGGUUGAUCCGCCGUGUGUGUUUGAUUUUGAUGAAGAUGGCAAUGAGGUUAUUAUUCCAGCAAUGAAAUAUGACCUGAGAAAGAUGGCUGCUCACAACCUGGCUUUAAUCUACCGAACAUCAGGAAACAAUUUCGCCGCUAGGAAAAUUUAUGAAAAAUAUCUUGUUGUUUGAUUUUUUGUUGAAGAAUAAUUUUUGUUAAUCUAUCCAAUGUCUGACAUUGUGUGGUCUAAUUUAUAAGUAGCAAUCCCAUCGUACUUUUUUAAACAAUUACUUAUAAAUUUU